AAGACACAAAACGCCGCAGGAGGAUUGGCUGCUGUGCACAUUUUUUUUUCCAUUGGCUGCCCCCUGCUCUCUACUUUUAAUUUUAUAGUUAGGGCUCUGCAGAGAAGAGCUUGAGAUUGGUGCAAUCGGAAGAAGAGCCAACCAAUCACACCAGAGCUUCCACCGACGGCAGACGGGACGUAACACACCUUCUUUCCCCUCCUGCUUUCCUUCCCCUUCUCUCCCGCCUUCCCCUUAUUCAUACCAGAAGCGCCUCAGCUCUGAUUGGCUGGAGCUCUGUGCUAUCUCAGCCAAUCACAAGCCGGGCUGUGCUCCUACGCUAUGUAAAGAGCGAAUCGUGCAGAGACCGUGUCUACGAUUGGUCUCUCCUUGACAAGGAUUUAAUUUUGAAUUUUUCUUUAUGGCGUGGGAGAGGCCACAGCCCGGACUCCAUCGACUGCCCCGACUCUUAGACUAACAUCAUGCCCAAGUUCAAACAACAAAGACGAAAGCUAAAAGCCAAAGCCAAAAGAUUAUUCAAAAAAAAAGAAGCCUCCCACUUUCAGUCCAAGCUAAUUACAUCUCCUCCUCCACCACCCUCGCCAGAAAGAGUCAUUAUUUCUUCAAUAGAUACAUCUCAAAGCAGAAGCUGGCUAAGAUCAUCCUGGAACUUCAAAUUUCCUAACAUCAGAGAUGCAAUAGAACUUUGGACAAAUAGAGUGUGGUCUCUAUACAGCUGGUGCCAGAACUGCAUAACCCAGAGUUUAGAAGUAUUGAAAGACACCAUCUUUCCAUCUCGUAUCUACCACCGAGAACUUUACAGUCUAAAACAACAGUUCUGCAUUUUGGAAAGUAAAUUAUGCAAGCUCCAGGAAGCACUGAAGACCAUCUCAGAAAGUUCUUCCUGUCCAAGCUGUGGUCAAACAUGUCACAUGAGUGGUAAACUUACAAAUGUGCCUGCCUGUGUUCUCAUGACCCCUGGAGACUCCAAAGCUGUGCUUCCUCCCACACUGCCGCAGCCAGCCAGCCAUCUUCCUCCUCCUCCUCCUCCACCUCCACCUCCACCUCCACUUCCACCUCCGCCACCUCCUCGACCACCAGUAGCACCUGUGUUGCUCAGAAAACCCAGUCUUGCUAAAGCACUUCAGGCUGGACCAUUAAAAAAAGAUGGACCCAUGCAGAUAACAGUUAAAGAUCUGCUGACCGUAAAAUUAAAGAAGACACAGAGUGUAGAUGAAAGGAGGAAGCUUAUACCAUCGCCGAAAGCACGGAAUCCACUAGUUACUGUCUCUGACUUGCAGCGUGUUACCCUGAAACCUAACUCCAAAGUGUUAUCAACUCGAGUUACAAAUGUCUUAAUUACUCCUGGAAAAAGUCAGAUGGAUCUGCGGAAACUGCUUAGAAAAGUCGAUGUAGAGAGGAGCCCAGGUGGAACCCCUCUUACCAACAAAGAAAAUAUGGAAACAGGAACAGGACUGACUCCAGUGAUGACUCAGGCCUUAAGGAGAAAGUUUCAGCUGGCUCACCCUAGAAGCCCAACUCCAACUCUGCCACUUUCUACAAGCAGCUUUGAUGAACAAAACUGAUGCCAACUCUGCCUGACUCCAUGUGAUGAUCCAUAAAAAAUACAGAUAAAAACACCCAGCCAGGCACAGUGGCUCACAACUGUAAUCCCAGCACUUUGGGAGGCUGAGGUGGGUGGAUCACCUGAGGUUAGGAGUUCGAGACCAGCCUGGCCAACAUGGUGGAAUCCCAUCUCUACUAAAAAUACAAAAAUUAGCUGGGCAUGGUGGUGGGUGCAUAUAAUCCCAGCUAUCUGGGAGGCUGAGGCAGGAGAAUCGCUUGAACCCAGGAGGCAGAGGUUGCAGUGAGCCAAGAUAGCGUCAUUGCAUCCCAACCUGGGCAACAAGAGCGAAACUCCAUCAAGGAAAAAAAAAAACCCAAAUCCUUUUUUUUAAUGUAGUAGGGUAUAUAUAUAGAUAUACUAAUAUAAUUCCAUUUGGAGAAUUAGAGUAUGUAUGGAGCGCACAUAUACUGUGAUAUAAAGUGGAUACAGAUAUUUGGAUAUUUUCUAGUUUGCAUGAUCAUCAAGAGAACCAGAUGGGAAAAUACAGUCUCCAAAGUGAUGUUUAUCCUGGAAUUACCCAAUUUAGGUUGGAGAGGUUGUUAAAAUUUAACUAGAUGACUCAGUUUAUACUGUAUAGGUGCAGUUAUGACAGUAAUAAAAUAGCCUCUUGGCUCAUACCUAUAAUUCCAGCACUUUGGGAGGCUAAGGUAGGAGGAUUGCUUGAGCCCAGGAAUUCAAGACUAGCCUGGGCAAUAUAGGGAGACCCCGUCUCUAUUAAAAAUACAAAAUCAGCCAGCUAUGGUGACACCUGCCUAUAGUCCCAGCUACUCAGGAGGCUGAGAUGGGAGGAUCACUUGAAGCUGUAGUGCACUAUAAUUAUGCCUGUGAAUAGCCACUCUACUCCAGCCUGGACAACAUAGCAAGACUCCAUCUCUAAAAA